AGAGAGAGAGAGAGAGAGAGAGAGAGAGAGAGAGAGAGAGAGAGAGAGAGAGAGAGAGAGUACUAGGAUACAUAGCGGGCCCAGAAGAGAGGGGACACAGACGAACAUGGAGUGUCGGGAGAAUUUGGUCCAGUGGCUGUGCUGGUCUCUGCUCCUUGGGGGGCCGCUGGUUUGCUGGGUGCUGCUAAACACGGAAAGGCGGACGCUCUACGGCCGCUACACGAGGUCCGAGGACCGGUGUUUAGUGAACACCAAACUGGUCUGGAUGAUCCAAGAGGUGCCCUCGCUGCUGGUGCCGCUGCUCCUGCUGCUCAGCACCGAGUCCCGGGCCGGAGUGGGCCGCAGCCUGCUGCUCGGAACCUUCUGCCUGCAUUACUUCCACAGGUCGUUCAUCUACGCCUGGCGGACCCGCGGGCGGCCGUUUCCUGUCCACAUCGCCGUAAAAUCGUUCAUCUUCUGCGGCAUGAACGGGCUUCUGCAGGGACACUACCAACUCCACUGCGCCCCCUCCUGGCAGAACCCCGUACGGAUGGCAGUGGGUCUGCUUCUGUUCUUUGCAGGUCUGAUAAUCAACAUCCACAGCGACCAUUUGCUACGGAGCCUUAGGAAACCAGGAGAAGUCCACUACAGAAUCCCCAGAGGGGGGAUGUUUGAGUUUGUGUCGGGGGCAAACUACUUCGGGGAGAUCCUGGAAUGGUUUGGCUAUGCUGUGGCCGUCUGGUCGCUGCCUGCAGCCGCCUUCUUUCUCUUCACUAGCUGUACCAUCGGCCCACGAGCCAUACACCACCACAGGUUCUACCAGCAGCAGUUCAAGGACUACCCUCAGUCCAGAAGAGCCCUGAUUCCUUUCCUUCUGUAGAACCUUGCAUACAAGUUGUAUUGUAUUCUUCGUGUGUGGACAUUUAACAAACAAACACCAGCAAAGUUUUAUUUUAUCCCACUUUAUUUGUUAUGAACAGCAACAAUUUCACAGACUUUGUUGGAGAGUUGAAUAAAGGCAAAUUGAAUGGUUACACAGGUGUGUGUUAGUGUAGAUGGGGGCAAAAGAGUAAGAAAUGUCGCCCCCUGUCUUCUGGAGGUAGAACUGGAGAACCGUUAUAUCCUACCAAUAAAUUGGUCAAGAACUACUAUAAAUUACGACACAUUCCCUAUAGUAAUACAAACAUCUUCUACUUUCCAAUUUAAAAACUUAAAACACAAGGUUGACAUGGUAAGGCCCGUGGUAUUCAAAGAUCAUAGAUUAACAGAUGCUUAAAUCGCUCUCUCUCACACACACACACACACACGCACACACACACACACACACACACACACACACACACACACACACACACACACACACACACACACACACACACACACACACACACACACACACACACACACACACACACACACACACACACACAAAGCUGAACCAGGAGAACUAUGGCUGCGAUAUGAAAGCACUUCUGAAAAAAAUAAAAUUUGAGUGUCCAGGCAGACAAACUUAAAGGUGCGGAGUGUAGAAUUGAGUGGCCUCUAGUGGUAAUGUUGCAGAUUGCAACCAACUGAAUUUUCAUGGGAUUAUACACUAAUUUAAAUAUAUAUUAAAUUCCUUUUCUGCUAAUUCCGUUCCACAAGGCUGCAACUUUAAAGGUUGUAUCAGCAAUUCUAGGCCAAAACAAAAAUUAUCACAAUCAUCUGAUCUUGAGUGUGAUCCGCUACCUGCCCGCCCCAAGAG